AUGUGGUAUGGAAUUGUGGCCGAAAGAAAGAUAUCUAAGAGAUUAAAGCUGAUCAAGAGGGUCCGAGAGCACUAUGUUAGGGACGAUGUGCCCUGUGGGUUUGAGUGUUGCGGAGGUAUGUGCAAGGAGAAUAAAAGAACUUCUGUGUUUGUGAUUCCUGAUGCAGCAGUUAUGUCCAAAUACCGAGCAUUGCUUAAGAGUGAUUAUGUUGCAGCAAUAAUAUGCCAGUCGGCUCUUGAAGAGCUCUCAAGGAAUGACGAGAAAGGUUUAAGAGAUGUUGCAAGAGAAAAGGGAUAUGCUGUAUUCUGCAACAACUUUUGUAAGUCGACCAGUGGAAGGGGGCUUGAGGGAGUUCUGGAGUUCUACAAAGACCAUCUGCCACAAUACAAAUUCAUCAUCCUAACGAUGGAUAAUAUUUGGGAGUAUGGGAAAUAUGUCUCUGAUGAUAUCCAAGAUCUUUUGUCUAUUGUGGAUGAGAAGGAAGCAACCGAGUACGAAGACUACAGGGAAAAUCUAGAUGUCCAGUAUGGAAAGAAGGGACUAUACAGAGGAAUGCUUGAGGUUAGCAUGUACAACUGCUAUAGUGGAUUUGUAGUGGAUGGAGACGUCAAGAUUCUUGUGAUUGGGAAGAAGAAUAUGAACAGAGCGAUAAAUGGAGAUGAGGUAUAUGUAGAGGAGAUAGACGAGUGUGAUGAAGAUGGGAUAUUGGUGGACGAUGAAGAAGGUCUGAAGGAAACAAGAAAAAGAAAGGAAGACAAGGAAAUGUUUGGAAAGGUUGUUGGGAUUUACAGGAGGAAGUGUAGGGCGAUUGUUGGGACUAUAUCCCCAAGAACGGUGCAUGGAAUAGGAACCCAAAAUGUGCUGGUGAUCCCAAUUGACAAGAGAAUACCGGCGGUUAGAAUAAGAACAGGACAAGCUGAGGAAUUAAUGAACAAGAGACUUUGUGUUGAGAUUGAUGGAUGGGAGAAAACAAGUAACUAUCCUAGCGGCCACUACUACAGAAGGCUGGGGACCAUUGGAGACAAGGAUGCAGAAGUGGAAGCUAUACUUGUUGCAAAUGGAAUAACAUACUACAAUAGCAGUUGGAAGGAUAUACUUGGGGAUUCUUGGGAAUCGGAAGAGAGGUUUGGAAUAGAAAGAAUAUACCGGGAGAUUGAGGAGGGAAGUAGAGAAGACUUCCGAGAUCUAGCUACAGUGAGUAUUGAUCCACCAGGAUGUGAGGACAUUGAUGAUGCUCUUCACUGCCGGCUUCUUCCCAAUGGAAACUGGGAGAUCGGUGUUCACAUAGCAGAUGUGGCGUAUUAUGUCAGAAAGGACUCGAAGAUGGACAAGGUUGCAAGGGAUAGGAGUACAACGGUGUAUCUUCCUGAACGGCGUAUCGAUAUGCUACCUCCUUCUCUAAGUACAGACUUGUGUAGCUUAGUUGCUGGGAAGGACAGAGCGGCCUUUUCUGUGGUAUGGGAGAUGUCUAACGACGCAAAGAUUGUAAGAACACAUUUCUCCCGAUCCCUAAUAAGAUCUCGGAGGUCGUUCAGCUAUCAGGAAGCCUAUGAUGUUAUCAGGGGAUUUUCAGCUGCUGAAGAGGAGAUACUCUCCUCGCUGGCAACACUCCUUCGGAUGAGUAAGAUCCUACGGAAUGGAAGGCUUGAGAAGGGCUCGUUGGAUCUAAGCACAAGACAGCUUACAUUUCGAGGAGGAAAGCUUGAAGUUAAGGAAUGCCUUCCAACAAACUUCCUUGUUGAAGAGUUUAUGAUUCUAGCAAAUAUUUCGGUAGCCUCGUUUAUAUAUCACCACCAUCCAGACUCUUCGUUGCUUAGAAAGCAUCCCCCUCCAUCUGUACUGGAUGACAACCUUGGAAUCGAUGCCUCCUCCGAAAGUGUCGGGAAUCUUCUGAACAAGGUUGAAGGCCUCAAGAAAGACCUAAUGAAAAGGAUGCUUAUAAGAUCCAUGAAUCAGGCUGUGUAUGUUGUGUCUGGAGAGACAUCCAACUUCCAUCAUUAUGGGCUUGCAACACCGAUGUAUACCCAUUUUACCUCUCCAAUCAGGAGAUAUGCAGACAUCAUAGUCCACAGGAUCUUGGGUCAUAUUCUCCAGACAGCACAUCCUGAAGAGAUACAUACAAGUAAGCUAGGGAUAGUAACAUUUCUGCCAAGAAAGAACACGGAGAAAGAGACUCAAAGUCAGAAGUUUGCCGAUGAGGACAUGUGCCGGAACAUGAACUCGAGAUAUCGAUCGGCAAAAAAAGCAUCUUGGGAGUGUGGCAAGGUGAUUAUUUACACAAUGCUCAAAGAUAGGGAAUCUCUUGUAGAGGGAUUUAUUACAAACAUCAAGGCGAAUGGGGUUGUGGUGUAUGUUCCUGAAUACAACCUUGAAGAAGUUGUUGUUUCAGAAGGCCACUUCCAGAUGUUCCAGAAGGUCCAAGUCAAGAUUUUGAGAGAUGACGAGAGAUUCUUCCUUCGAAGAAGAUUCACAUUUGAAAUUUCCAACCUCGACAGCCAGUUAUGA